ACGCUGAGUCCCAAGUCCCGCAUGCGCCACUUUUGUAGUUUCGAGCCAGCUGUGCUCACCGAAUGUUGUGAAUGGUUCCCUCAGUUUACAAACCUUUCAGCUCACCGCAGCUGUCAUGAUUCGCGUAACAUGUAUUAACUUGCAAUCAGAGGCACACUGACUCAAUCCAGAUAUGGACCUGUCAUUUUGGUGAGAUGGAAGGCUCAGACCACAUUGUUCGUGUGCUCUACAACUUUGAAUAUUCUAAAGAUGGCCGGAAAGUUUGGAUGAAAGAGGGGGAGGCAUUGAGUCUUCUUAAGAAAACUAAUCCUGACUGGUGGCAGGUCAUUCGAAAAAAUGAGAAAAAGGCCUUCUUCGUUCCAGCCGCAUAUGUGGAAGAGGUUUCCCUAGAAAAGAUUGGUAAGAGACAGUGCGCAAAAAAUGUGGCCCCAACAGAAGCAUCCAAGUCAUUCCCUCCUGGAAGAGACAAAAUGUCUGAAAAGAAUCUGUUUAAAGAAUUUCCUGUAAGUGAUUCAAAAGAAAGUGAUAAGUGUGCUGGUGAGAAAAGUGAUACAUUUUGUGAUCAAGGAAAAAUCGACCCCAUUGAAAAGAAACUUCAAGCAGAUGGACUUUUGGAAGAGAAGGAGGAAGAAGCCAAGAAGCUUUUACAAGACAAACGUAAAUCCUGGGCAGCUGAAGAAUUAGUUUCAGAACUAACACAAAUGGCCAUUGCUCGAAGUGAACCUGUCGAAAGUGAUUAUGUGAACCUGAAAGUGGAAGGUGAGCGGUUUGUCAUUGCUGAGGACGAAGAGAUGCAUAUGCCAUCAUCCCUCUUCUGGCAGUCAUCCGGUUUUAACAAAGAUGUCCGAAACAACCCCAUGUCCUCGUCAGACGAGCUAGACAACUCGGACAGCCUGGGCGGCCUGGGCCAGAGCAACUGUGUGGCUUGGCAGAGUAAGUACUCGCUGUCCUCGGAGGGAGAUAAGACUGACGAGUCCAUGCAGAGCUUCCACUCUCUAGGCAAUGAAUCAGUCACUAGCAGCAGUCGCCACUGGCGGGACGAGCACGUCAGCGAGCAGGAGGACCGCAGCGCGGACUCGUCGCCGUACGCGCAGGUGCUGUGCACGGUCACGGGGUCCAGCACGUCCAUCAGCAUCGACGCGGGCGCCGCGCCGCGCCUGGCCUCGGGCAGGCUCCACCUGUCGCCCUCCCUCGAGAAGCUCGCCCAGCAGAUCAAGUUCCCCAGCGAGGAGGUCGAUGAGGACGCCCCGAUCGCGCCGCCGCGGGAGUACGAGGCGUACGAGGCACCAGUGUACGCCAACCUGGACCUGCAGGGCGAGGUGCAGGAAGACUCCAAGGACGACGAGGAGCAGGAGCAGGACGAGAAGAUGCUGCGCUCGCUGCGAGACAAGCUGCUGCAGUCCAGCUGCAUCACCGGCCUCGUCGAGGACUUUGUUGACCAGCGGCACUACCUGAAGGACGCCGUCGACGCCGAGGCCGGCGUGAUAUCGUCGGACGGCGACCUUGACUGUGACGAUGACAUUGACGGCGACGGCGACACGGAGCUGUCGAGAGACGAGGUGGACACGGAGGACGCGGCGGAGCGCGAGGAUGACUGUGAUAACGACGAGGACGCCGACGACGCCGACGACGUGGUGUGCAAGGUGCCGACGCCUGCCGCCAGGACCACGGCGUCGAGCGAGGCCCGCGCGGUGGACGCCAAGCCUCGCGACGUGCUGGAGGACGUGGCCACGGUGGACGUGAAGCAGAAGAUCGCUCUUUGGAACAACAACAACAGUGCCGCCGACCAAGACCGCGACCGCUUCGACGAGGACGGCCACGGCCGCGCGCAGCCGAGGCCGAGGAAGGUGCGCGCGUUCCGGGGCCUCGGCGUCGUCAAGUCGGCGUCCGAGUCCAAGGUGUCGGCCCUGGUGAGCCGCCACGGCCGCUACGCCCGCAGCGGCAGCGAGGAGUUCCUCGACGGCUCGCCGGGGUCCGAGGCCUCGGUGCUGGCCAGCGGCCUGGUCUCCGCCGCCAAGCAGCGGUUCGCCGCCAGCCCCAGCGAGCUGAACCCCGAGGGGGACAACCUGGACGCCAGCGACAGCGGCCUCUCCAACAAGUCGGAGGAGGGCGUGCUCUGCGACGUCCGACGCAGGAGGGCCUCCCUCAUGCGCAGCCGGAGGGUGGAGUCUUGCCGGCGGUACCAGAGGGUCGCACCCGGGCUGGGCGCCGCCCCCGCGGCCCCUGCGGCCCCCGCCGCCCCCAGCGUGCACCGCCCCCAGUCGCCGCCGCCGCCGGACCGCCGUGAUCACCGAAGGCUGAAUCCCAAACGGUGCCUCUGUGUCCUCAUGCUUGGCGCACUCGGCCUGCUGCAGGACUCGGGGCGGUCGGCCAGCUCCAGCCCCCAGCACGGCGACGAGGCCGACGGCGAGGACUGCGACCUGGAGCUGCCCCCGGGCCCCGCGCCGCUGCCCCACGGAUGGCGGGCCGUCAUGGACCAGAGCGGGCAGCUGUGCUACGUCCACCCGCACCACGGCGCCAAGUGGUUCUCUUCAAGUGACAACAAAGGGCGUGUUUAUUUCUUUGAAGAGAACAGCUGCGAGUCGUCUUGGAACCUGCCAAACAUCAUCUUAUCAUCAGCUCAAGAAUCUACAUUAGAUGACGAUGGCAAUCAUCCAGCGCUCUCUUCAACCCCUGUUGAAGAUGGUGGAGAAAAACCAAUUAAACCUGACAGAAGUGACAAACAUGAAAAACUUUCAUUACGCAACACAAAGUCACGAUCAAUGGUUAUCGUUGAUAGUAGCACUACAAAGGACUCCAAGAAUUCUUUCGUACCAAGAAAUUGGCCACAGCUUUUUGAUGGUGACAUGUGUGUCCUGAAAGAAGGCCCUAUGUAUCGUACUAAAAUAACCGAAAAUGGAAAGAAAUUGCGCAAGAACUGGGCUUCAUGUCAUGUGGUUUUAACAGAAUUGUUUCUUCUUUUAUUCCGAGAUGCAAAGUCCUUUGCUGCAAUGAAGUCUGCAGCGCAAGGAAGACCGGAAUUGUGUGUUGAUCUGAAUGGUGCUUUAAUUGACCAAGUUGAUCGUGGUGACAAAGCCUCUGUUACAAGUCGAAAAAAUGUAUUCUUAGUCAGUACUGUUUUGGGAUUGCAAGUGUUGUUCCAAUGUGAUUCUAGUCAGCAGGCAGAGGAAUGGUUUAAUGCAGUUCAUACAGCCAUCCACAAUUUGCCAUCUGGCUUUGAUAGCUGCCCUAGAAUCAAAGUAACCAAGGAAAUGGAUCGUCUAUUUGCCGAAUCAAAUUCACCAGAACAAACCAAGAAAUUUCCUCGAAUUGGACGCUCUAAAUCUGUGAAAACCUCCGAAAUGGAUACCACACUUAAAGAGCUAAGGUCCACUAAUAGAUUAAGUGUGAUAAAAGACCAUCUCUCGUUCAACACCACAGGCUCCUAUGUUGUAACAGCCAAGUACAUAGUAAAAAAUAAGGAAGGCAGUAUUGAAGACUUAACUGUAAGUGUGGCCGAACGACAAACAAAGAUUAGAGCUCGGCUCAAAAAGUUCUUCAAUCGGCGGCCGACUAUGGAGUCCCUAGUAAAGAAGGGUAUUUGGAAAGAUGAACCAGCAUUCGGCUGCUACCUGGAGCAUGUUUGUGGGAAUGAAUCCCCUCGUGUGCCUCUAUUUGUACAACGAUGCAUUGCUGUUAUUGAAAGCAGUGAGGACAAUAUGAAGACUGAUGGACUUUAUCGUGCCUCUGGUAAUUUAUCCCAAGUGCAGAAAAUCCGGCUACAGGUUGACCAGAAUAACUUGUCUGCUUUGGAUCAAGAAGAAGAUGUUCAUGUUUUGACUGGGGCCCUAAAGCUCUUUUUCCGGGAAUUAAAAGAACCCUUAAUUCCAUAUGCUGCUUUCAGCAAGGCCAUCAAAGCAAGCACUCUUCAAAGCAAGAAAGACAAGUUAUCUCAAUUCAAAGAGAUAGUGAAGUCGCUCCCCUCUGCCAACCAUGAUACAUUGAAAAUACUACUGAAACAUCUCCUCAAGGUCACCAGUUAUCAAGAAUUUAACCGUAUGCAUAUUCCAAAUCUGGCUAUAGUUUUUGGGCCAACCUUGAUGUGGCCAGAACAAGAAUCCCAAAACAUGGCUCUUGAUCUAAUGCAGCAAAAUCUUGUCAUUGAGGCAUUUCUACUUGAUUUUGAAAAUAUUUUUCGAUAGAGCAGUAAUGCCUUGCUUUAGGAAAAAUAACAUACAUGCUUUUGAGUUUUUCUUAGUUGCUCUAUGCCUGUCAAUAGACCUUACUUACAGCUGAAGAAUUUCUCUUUGAAUGCUCCUUUAUAUUAUGCUUAGGGACUCAAGUGCACAUACAAUACAGUCCUCCAGUUUUUCUCAGGUUUUACCCUCUUUUAACGUAGGUACCUAUUUCUUAAAAAAAUCUUUUGUUAGUCAUUCACAACUUUUCUUUUCUUUCUCCUGAAUCUGUCUUUUCUCAUGGCCCCUCAAACAAAAUAGUAUUGUCAAGAGAAACAUUAUAUGAUGAACUAACAUUUGCAUUCCAACUUAAGACUAUUCCGUUUCAGAAAUUUGAGGUUUCUGUGAUACAUAGAAAGACAUGAUUCAUAGAGUGUAUUACACAUGAGCUAAGACCCCCCGUUGUGAAGUCAUCUGUUCUUUGGUACAGAAAACUUAGUGAUAUAUGCUAAUAUUUUUGUGGAAGGGAGGGGCAUAAGUGAUAGAAGUUCUUUUACUGAUUUUUAACAAAUAGUUUUACUAGUCCUUUGAGUUUUGUUAUCUUAUUAAGAUAUGUUUUGAAUGUUAUUUUGGAGCCAGUCAUGAAGCAGUUCAAUAAUUUUGUAAUGUAUUGUAAAUGAAUAUGAAUGAAGAGUGCUGUUCCAAUUUUCACUGAUGAAAAUAUAAACUGUUGGAAGAAAUUAUUUACUUCUAAAUAAUUACAACAAAUUGUAUUUUUAUUAUUAUUGAGCACCAGUGUCCGUUGAGAAUCAUUGAUAAUGUUAGAUUUUAUGUAGAGUUUUAUUCAUGUAAGGGGAAUACUUCCAUUCAAUUUAGUUUGUGAUCUGAGAGAGUUAAAAGUAGUGACUAUCUCAUGGUGGAUUCCACAAGUUGAAUCUUUAAUCAUGAGAUUACGAAGUCCACUAUUUGUUUUCUAGCAUUUUUCCACUUGUUAUUUUGCAGAUGUUCAAAGUGCUAUUGUACAUUCAUUAGAAAGCUGCUGGUCAGCUUCCAGAAACGUUCCUUAUGUGAUUUAGUUCUAAGCAGAAAUGAAGCGGAAGUUUAUUUUAUCUGUGAGUGCAUGCUGGCAUGUUGAAUUAAAGGCAUAUCACAUGUACCACAUGCCACAAAGGAGGCCUUCUUUUUGUAUGUGAUACUCUUAAUGAAAAGUAUUUUUUUAGAGUAUUGCAAUUUGUGGGUGUGAAAAGAGUUUAUGAGUAUAGGGUUCCAUUCUGUGACAAACUUGUUAAACCAUUUGAGAAAAAGUUGAACUUAAAACUGUUGUUUACUACAGGUCUUAAAGCCAAGAAAUUUUUAUGAAUCAUGAGUAGUUUUUUAAAUUUAAAAUUUGCAAUGAUGUUCCAAGCAGUUGUCACUAAUUUUGCAGCCUUCAGCUUCAUCGAAUACCAAUGAUAUUAUCUUAUAAUGUAUUAAAGGCUUAGCAGACUGCAUAUCCUAAUCUAGUAAUAGAAAAAAGUUAUGUUAAACAUGACUUUAUUAAAUUAACAAUGUUGAUUUUAAACUGUACAUUUUGUCAUUUUUUUCACAUAAAUCAUGAUUUAUUUAA